CUUUCCAUUCUUGCCUGUGUUUCCAUUUCGAAGGUCUGCUUCGUCGUCACUUUUACACCGUAUACCGAUUGCUUCGCUCUUACCAGACUUUAAUUUACUUUGAAAGAAUCGUACGGUGUGAUCAUACGCUGUGCAGCAGGGACAAUUCUUUCUUCAAGUUACUCUGGUGAUUUUUAUUUAUUGGUGAGUCGGACAGCGAGACAGGACACCGGUUCGCCAGCCAAAACUUGCGGAAGAGAAGAAAUGGAUGCAAUCAAACCUGGAUGGUUCAGUGAAAUCAAUGAUCUGUGGCCAGGUGUUUCGUUGUCUCUUGAGGUUGUCAAGAUACUGCAUCGAGAACGAUCACAGUAUCAAGACGUGAUGGUGCUCGACACAAGAUCACACGGAAGGACCCUAAUUUUAGAUGGUAUUAUACAAUGCACGGAGAGAGACGAAUUUUCCUAUCAGGAGAUGAUUGCGUUUUUACCGUUGUGCAGCCACCCAAAUCCAAAAACUGUGUUAAUAGUUGGUGGUGGAGAUGGCGGAGUUGCUCGUGAAGUUGCAAAACAUCCGCUAGUAGAGCGAAUUGUGCAGGUCGAAAUCGAUCCGAAAGUAUUAGAAGUGUCUAGAAAAUACUUGCCUUCGAUGGGUGUAGGAUUGGACAAUCCUAAAGUCACCCUUAACGUGGCUGAUGGUUUUCAAUUUUUGAAGCAACACACUGGAGAAUUUGACGUUAUAAUUACUGAUAGCAGCGACCCUAUCGGUCCAGCAGAGUGCUUGUUCCACGAAUCGUACUUCAGUUUAAUGAAAAGUGCCUUGAAACCUAAUGGAAUCGUUUGCAGCCAAGCGGGUACUGCAUGGUUGAAUCUCGACCAUGUGACGCAAACUUUGCAACACUGUAAAUCUCUGUUUCCGGUUGCAUCUUAUGGUGUUGUUUCUGUGCCUACCUACCCCACAGGACAAAUUGGAUUCGUACUCGGUGGAUUAAAUCCUGAAACGAACUUCAAAGAACCGAAAAAGAUUUUCAGCCACAGCGAGCUCGAUGAAAUGAACAUGCGAUACUACGACGACCAAGUACACCGAGCCGCUUUCAUUCUUCCAAGGUUUAUAGCAAAAACACUGAACGAAGCCCUUACGAAGAAGUAGCUAUUAAAUUUCUUCUGACGAAGCAAUUGGAACUUUUGAUACACAAAAGAACCAUUGUAAAUGCGUUGGACUACCUCGAAUCGUAGAAAUUAUCGAGAUCUUUUCAUACUUUGAACAUCGUUAUUCAAUUUACUCAAGUUGGUUUGUUAAGCAAA